AUGAUACCACCAAUAUUUUGUAACCUCUAUCUCGGUCAUGAUGAUUUAGGAGAGGCUAUAUAUGAUUUCUUCACGGCAAUGAUUGACAUAACCGGUCUUAUCCGUUCAAUUGUCAUUUUAAGGAAGCAAAGAAAAUUUUUAAAUUUAUUCGGUGUUGUAGAGAGCUGGUAUGAGGAUUUGAAACAACCAAAUGAGCACAAGGCAUUAGAGACUCUAAAUCAAAUUGUGGCAAAAGUGCAAUUGUACUCCAAAUGUUGUCUUUACUCUUUACUCAUGGUUGAUGUUACGUACGCCUUCGAACCCAUAAUUACGCAUUACGGCAAAUUGGUAGUGGAACUUCAAUUGCCAUCGAUCGAUUUGCAUCAAAGUCCUGUCUAUGAGAUGGUGUAUCUUAUCCAAGCUCUAUGGCUUGUACCUCUCACGAGUGUAAAUUAUGUCUCAUAUUCGAAUUCGCUUUUGAUUUUUACGAUUUUUGGCGUUUUCGCAACGAGACAUCUUCAACAGAAAUUGAUGGAGAUAUCUCAAAUGGAGGAUGACGAGGCUUUGGCCAAUCUCAAGCAAUGUGUUGUGUAUCACAGUAAAAUUAUCAAAUUCGGUGAGAAUUUGGAAGAGCUGUACUCAUUAAUGAGUUUGCUGGACAUUAGUCUUUAUUGUAUAUCAGUAUGUCUGAUGUUGGUCUACUUGACAAUGGAUUUCACCUGGCCGCUGUUGUUCAAAGGUGUCAUUGUAAUACUAUUCUUAACGACUCUAAUUUUCCUUACCUAUCAUGUGGCGGAUGUAUUAACACAUGAGAGCAUGAAUAUAGCUGAAUUGGCCUACAACACCAAUUGGAUGGAUCGUGAUAAGGAAUUUCGUUCGUGUAUUCAAGUGAUUAUUGUACGCAGUCAACGUCCACUAAUGCUCACCGCUGGCGGUUUUCAACCCAUGAAUAUGAAGACUUUUCUGGCUAUAAUGCGUGCCUCGUACUCUUUCUUCUCAGUUCUGCGUAGCACUGUGUAA